AUGUGGAACCAAUUUGGACAGCUUUUCAGUGGCCGUUCAUGUGGGUUUUAUCAUCUACAAUCGCUCACCUGGGGGUUUGCAAAGGAGGGUUACAGUAAAGUCGUCGGAGAGAAAUUCGGUAUAGUAGUAUUGAGGCUGAGACAUCGAACAAGGAAGAAACUAUUUUGA